UGAGAGACUAACAAUGAAAGUGAAAGUAAGAAGCUCUACUCCCAGACUCCAUUUUACACUGGACACACCACAAAGAGGGAGACAGGAUGAGUGAUUUAGAAGAAGAGGUGAAGAGUGACCGGAAUAAAGAUGAUCCUCCGUUCUUCAGUCAUGAACCUGGACCCUCAGACACAAAACGGAGAGCAGAGUCUCCAGUCUCUGGCUGUCUGUCUUUGAAGAGUGACCGGAGUAAAGAAUAUCCUCCAGACUUGAGUAAUGAACCUGGACCCUCAGACACAAAGUGUUGUUCCCACAGACAGAGAUCAAAGUCUCCAGUCUCCAGCUGUAUGUCUGUGAAGACUGACCGGAGUAAAGAAUAUCCUCCAGACUUGAGUAAUGAACCUGGACCCUCAGACACAAAAGAGAGGAAGAGGAGUCAUGUUGCUGAGGAGGAGCAGCCGUCCUGCUGUGCUUUGUGUCAGGACGUCCUGAAGGAUCCGGUCUCUACCAGCUGUGGACACUGGUUCUGCAGACGGUGCAUCACCUCAUACUGGGACCAGUCUGCUUCACCAGGAGACUCCUCCUGUCCCCAGUGUGGAGAAAGAUCCAGAACAAGAGCUGGACUGCAGUCAGCCAGUGAGACCAGCACUGUACAAGCAGCUGGUGGUCUGCAGGAAGUUUUAGAUGAACAUAAGAUCAGUCUGAAGAGAAGAUGUGAACAUGUGACUGAAGGAAGUGAUGGAACAGGAAGUGGAACCCUCCUCAACAGGAUCUACACUGAGCUCUACAUCACAGAGGGACAGAGUGAAGAGGUUAAUACCCAACAUGAGGUGAGGCAGCUGGAGACAGCUUCCAAGAAGAAGACCGUCCACGACGCUCCAAUCAGGUGCCAGGACAUCUUUAAAGCCUUACCUGACCAACAGGGACACAUCAGAGUCGUUCUGACGAACGGUGUUGCUGGCGUUGGAAAAACUUUCUUGGUGCAGAAGUUCAGUCUGGACUGGGCAGAGGGUUUGGAGAACCAAGAUGUCAGUGUGGUGGUUCCGCUUUCAUUCAGGGAGCUGAACUUGAUCAGAGAUGAGCAGUACAGUCUUCUGGAGCUGCUCCAUGUUUUCCAUCCAACAUUACAGAAGGUCCCAGCAGAGAAGCUCGCCGUCUGUAAACUUCUGUUCAUCUUUGACGGCCUCGAUGAAAGCAGACUUUCUCUGGAUUUCACCAACAUGGAGGUUGUGUCUGAUGUCACACAGAAGUCAUCAGUCAACAUGCUGCUGACAAACCUCAUCGAGGGGAAUCUGCUUCCCUCGGCUCUCGUCUGGAUAACUUCCCGACCCGCAGCAGCCAAUCAGAUCCCUCCUGCAUGUGUCGACAGGGUGACAGAAGUACGAGGCUUCACUGACGCCCAGAAGGAGGAGUACUUCAGGAGGAGGGUCAGUGAUGAAGAGCGCUCCAGCAGAAUCAUCUCACACAUCCAGACAUCCAGGAGCCUCCACAUCAUGUGUCUGAUCCCAGUCUUCUGCUGGAUCACUGCUACAGUUCUGGACCACAUGUUGACUACAGAGCAGAGAGGAGAGCUGCCCAAGACCCUGACUGACCUGUACUCACACUUCCUGCUGGUUCAGACAAAGAAGAAGAAGCAGAAGUAUGAUGAGGGACAUGAGACAAGUCCACAGAAGCUGAUGGAGGCUGACAGAGAAGUUCUUCUGAAGCUGGGGAGGCUGGCGUUUGAACAGCUGCAGGAAGGAAACAUCAUGUUCUACCAAGAAGACCUGGAGCGCUGUGGUCUCCAUGUCACAGAGGCCUUGGUGCACUCAGGAGUUUGUACAGAGAUCUUCAAAAGAGAGAGUGUGAUCUUCCAGAAAACAGUCUACUGCUUUGUUCAUCUGAGCGUUCAGGAGUUUCUGGCUGCAGUCUACCUGUUCCACUGUUACACCACCAGGAACACAGAGGUACUGAGGGCUUUCUUUGGGACGGACUGGGACAAUGACAGCAGUGAUGGCAUUUUUUCUUCAUUCCUCAAGAUGUUAAAAAACUUAUUCCUGGGGAAAUCCCUCAAAAGUGAAAAUGGCCCAUCUCUUGAUGUCUUCCUGAGGAGAGCCGUGGAGAAAUCCCUAGAAAGUAAAAAUGGCCACCUGGACCUGUUUGUCCGCUUCCUCCACGGCCUCUCUCUGGAGUCCAACCAGAGACUGUUAGGAGGCCUGCUGGGUCAGACAGACAACAGUCCAGGAAUCAUCCAGAGAGCCAUUAAUAACCUGAAGAAGAUGAACACUGAUGAUAUCUCUCCUGACAGAAGCAUCAACAUCUUCCGCUGUCUGAUGGAGAUGAACGACCUCUCAGUACAUCAGGAGAUCCAAGAGUUCCUGAAGUCAGAGAACAGAUCAGAGAAGAAACUCUCUGAGAUCCAGUGCUCAGCUCUGGCUGACAUGCUGCAGAUGUCAGAGGAGGUUCUGGAUGAGUUUGACCUGGAGAAGUUCAACACAUCAGACCAGGGACGACUGAGACUGAUUCCAGCUGUGAAGAACUGCAGAAAGGCUCAGCUUUCUCGCUGUGGACUCUCAACGACUCACUGUGAAGCUGUGGCCUCAGCUCUGAAGUCCAACCCCUCCCAUCUGAGAGAGCUGAACCUGAGUUACAACAACCUGAAGGAUUCAGGAGUGAAGCAACUGUGUGAUGGACUUCACAGUCCAAACUGUAAACUGGAGACACUGAGAUUGUUUAGCUGCAAUUUGUCAGAGACCAGCUUUGCUACUCUGGCCUCAGCUCUGAAGUCCAACCCCUCCAAUCUGAGACAGCUGCAACUGAGUAACAACGAGCUGCAGGAUUCAGGAGUGAAGCAGCUGUGUGAUUUUCUGGAGAAUCCACACUGCAGACUGGAGACUCUGGGAUUAAGUUCCUGCAGUUUGUCAGAGAUCAGCUGUGCUUCUCUGGCCUCAGCUCUGAAGUCCAACCCCUCCCAUCUGAGAGAGCUGGACCUGAGUAACAACAAUCUGCAGGAUUCAGGAGUGAAGCUGCUCUCUGAUCAUGUGAAGAAUCUGAAGUGUAGACUGGAGACUCUGAGGAUCAAUGACAGGUUGAUCAGAGCUGAGAAACCAAAACAAAGCUCCAUUAUCCUUCUCACCUGAACUCACAUCUGGAGCUUCAUACAGGAAAGGGAGCUGAAGCCAGUUCUGAUCGCUGCUCUCCGUGAGGUGGAUCCACGUCUUUCCAGAGAGCUGAAGUUGAGCUGAAGCAGAAGAGAAGAAACUGUGGUGAAGAAUGUCUAUAACAGCUGAGUGUUGCACAUUACUUGUCAUCAAUUAAAUGAGAAGUUUUUACAUUAAAACCUGACAGACGAAUGCUUCUGCUGUUAUUCACACAAGAAGCUUUUUUACAUGACUGUGGCUGAUGAAGUUGAGUUUCUUUGGCUCCCAAUCUGUUCUGUGCAUGUGCUGACUGCAAAAAGACAAUAUAGCAAUGGCUGAAAGACCGAACUCAAGUUUUUAUUUUGUUAUUGUGUUUCUCUUGUAUUAAAAUUGUCAUUUUAUUGACUUUUAACAUUUUCACAUUUUUCUUUGCAUUCAGUCUGAACACAGUUAAAGUUCCCACUCAGGAAGCUGUAUGGCACAUCAAGCAGGUCCAGUCAGACCAGUUCUUGUGUUUGAAGUUCCUGGCUGUUUUAGCUCACGCUCCAACAAUGGUUGUCAGUCUUCUACUGGGUUCAAACCAGUUGGGUCUGUAAUAUCUUCCUCAUAACCUUUUCAGUUUGUAAACUCAACAUUCCCUCCAUGAGUGUAAUGCGAUUGUGACCCCCAUGUACAUUAAUGUGCAGCUGUAACAUUAUUAAGAGCUCUCCUCAAGGGACAGGGGUUCAACUGAGAGCUGAAACAGGUAUUUAGUCUGGAUUCACACACUUUAAAGACGAUGUGUUGAUAAUCUCAGAUGAUGGAGAAGAGGAGGGGAAGAGGUUGUUCUUGGUUUCAGCCACUAGAUGGAGGCACUUCACUGAUGGACAGAGAAGAUGAAGCUGAGGCAGCUGGCAGAUGUAACAAUCAGAAAAAAACAGCUAAGAUGAAAUUGCAGCCUUUUUUGUGUUAAUAAUCAUUUUUUCUCAUAUUCUUAGUUUGUCCCAUCAAAACAAAGUGCUACAUGACAUAUUUUGUCUGUGUUACUCUACUGAGACAUUGUUCUGUUUAUUCUGACACCAAAGUACAUUUGUUUUGGAUUAUCCUCAUUUAAAGAAACAAAAAAAAUACAUUUUCAUACCUAUAUGUUCAAUGAGACAGUGCAGAAUAAAUGCUAACAAAUGACCAAAGGAGAAACAGAUGACUGCUGUAACCCUCUCAGCAUCACACAGAUCAGUGCUUCUCAAUUAGCUGCAAUAACAAUAAGCAGACUCAUAAAUGCUUUUCAUUUUACCUAAACACAAUAUUCAAUUUCAAGAAACUAGUAAAAAAGAAAACCAUGUUUAUUAAAUAUGUUACAGCACUACUGUUUCUUUCUUUUUUUUUGGACAUCACAGUCUUGUUUCAAGGUCCAAAUCUUUUUGUGUCAUGUGAAGUAAAAUAUGAUAUUCUUAUUGAAGAAGUAAAUAAAUAUACAACCAGUUAAAACCAGAUCACAGAUACAGGUCCUAAACUUGGUCCUAAAUAGUGAUUUACUACCUUGGGAUAUUGUAUGUUCAUUAAUUUUUGCUUUUUAUAAACAUUUCUAUACGUAUAUUAUGUCUUAUUUUUAUAUUCUUUAUUCUGUUUUUUAUAUCUUUGUGUCUGUAUCUUGAGCUGCUGUGACAACUCAAUUUCCCCACUGCAGGAUGAAUAAAGUCUUA